GUGACUGCUCGGGCAUCCUAUCUCUUCCUCACAACAAUUUUGAGAGACUGUGGAUGUGGGGGCCACACAGAGGAUCAAGCCUCUUCUAAUUCACCUCCCAGAUUUUAGAGAUAAAAAGAGAAAUCUCUUCCAUCUGUCACAUGCGUGAGUAUUUAUAUAAUCUUGACUAUGGCUUUUCGUAAUCGUCAGUCCAUGAUACAAUGGAUGCAAACACCAGGGAUAAUACCCAAUUGUCCACCCGGAUUGGAAUAUCUGACUCAGAUAAAUCAGUUACUAGUGUGUCAACGUGUCGAUCUUCUGGAAGUUCUCGGUUGUUUUGCAACUAGUAAAAAAUAUGAAGUUAUGAACAAUCAAGGACACAGAAUUUAUUAUGCAGAAGAAAGAAGUAAUUGUUUCCUCCGAUAUCUCUGUGGACCUUCAAGACCUUUUACCAUGACAAUUUAUGAUGAUGUAGGCCGUGAUGUCAUUACUAUGCAUAGAACUCUAAGAAGUAGCUGUUGCUGGAGAAACUGCUACGUACAAAAGUUAUUGUCUCUGGAUGAAGAAAUAGUUCUUGGCAAAAUUUCAAAAAAAUGGGCUGGAUUUAUGAGGGAACUAUUCACCAAUGCUGAUAAAUUUGGAAUCCAGUUUCCAUUGGAUCUUGAUGUUAAGAUAAAAGCACUGAUGCUUGGAGCAAGUUUCCUCAUUGACUACAUGUACUUUGAACACUGGCCAUAAGUUUUGCCAGCUUUCAGCAAAAUUAAACAACUUUCACUGAGAAUAUUUAAAUAAAGUUUUAUUUUACUAUAA